CAUCUUUCUUUGCUCUCCCGGGCUGCAUGGCAGAGUGGCAGUUGCUGUUUUAUUCUAAUAAUGAAGGGGUUCGUUGUCUGCGGUGCCCUCUUGGCUCUGUGCACUGCUAUCACUGUCUCCACAGAUGACCCUGAUUUCGAAGACUGGAAAGAUAAAUUUCGUAAAUCAUACUCUUCAUCAGAAGAAGAAGUUUAUCGCAAGGAUAUCUGGCUAAGCAAUAGAGACUAUGUGGUUAAACACAAUGAGCUUGCUGACCUGGGUUUCAAAAGCUUCAGACUGGGAAUGACAUACUUUGCAGAUAUGAAAAAUGAAGAAUAUAAACAAAUGGCUUUUGGCAACUGCCUUACAGAAUUCAAGUCAAAACAAAACAGAAGAUCAACCUUCCAGACCUUACCAAUGAAGACUCUUGUACCAAGCAGCAUUGACUGGAGAAAUGAAGGAUAUGUCACUCCUGUUAAGGAUCAAAGGGAAUGUGGUUCAUGCUGGGCGUUUAGUGCGACAGGAUCUCUGGAAGGUCAGCACUUCAGAUACACGGGAGAGCUACUUUCACUGAGUGAACAGCAGUUGGUCGACUGCUCCUCGGAUUUUGGGAAUGACGGCUGUGACGGUGGGCUCAUGGAUUAUGCAUAUGAAUACAUUGCAGCAAAUAAGGGAAUCAAUACAGAAGAGUCUUACCCAUAUGAAGCUAGAAAUGGAAGGUGCCACUUCAAUGCUUCUGCAGUAACUGCUUCUUGUAGUGGUUUUGCUGACAUAUUUGCAAUAAACGAAAAGGCUCUUCAAGCAACUGUUGCCACCAUUGGCCCCGUAUCUGUUGCCAUUGAUGCUAGCCACAUUUCAUUCCAGCUCUACGAGUCAGGCAUCUAUGAUGAACCUGAAUGUAGCAGCAAUGACCUGGACCAUGGAGUCCUAGCUGUUGGCUAUGGAACAAGACAAGAUUUGGAUUACUGGCUGGUAAAGAACAGCUGGGGACAUCUUUGGGGCAUGGAUGGUUACAUUUAUAUGUCAAGGAACAAGGGUAACCAGUGUGGAAUUGCCACUCUUGCUAGUUACCCAAUAGUUUAGAGGUUUCAAACUUCAUCGCAUUUCUGCAUAUGCCUGAGAAGAGAACCUGAAACUGAGAGAAAAAACUUCAUGCUUAAUGUAUUUUACAUAAUAAUUUGUAAAUUUCAGUGUUUACAAAAAUAUUGCUCCAGAAUGAUUUCAAUGCAAGCACAUUUUCAAAUAAAUU